AUGUCGGAGCACCACAGCCAGCGCAGCAGCAGUGAGCUCCAGUCCAUCAGCGAAUGCAGCGAUCAGGCCCUCAUCCAAGGACACGCGACAGCGAUGCAGGACUUCGACGCAAGCCGGCGCAGCAGCGAGUCUGGCGGACAAGGGCACGCGAAAUCCUUGGACUACUCCGACCGCCAGACUGCACGUGGGCACCCUCGCAGUUGCGAGGCCGCCGAACGCAGCAGCGAGAGGGUCCGCGCCCAGCUCCGAGGCCGGAUUGCCUCGGCGCGGCGAGUGCGCUGGCAGACUCAGGCGCUCAUAGCGCUCGCCGGUGUCUUGCUCAACUGCUCGAGCUUAGGCUCGCGGUACUACUCCGCCUGUGGGGUCGCCGUCGUCUUUGGCCACACCCUCCUGCUGAUCGCACUUCCAUCGUCCCAGUCGCUCCUUCUCCGGUUGGCCAGCGCGUGGUACGCGGGUCUCCACCUUGCAACUUUGCGUCGGCUACACUUUGCGGACGAGGCGUGGGGCUUUCGCAGCCACGCCGGCUUGGCCCUCGCCGGCCUUGUCUGCGCCGCAGGCGCUGUAGUCACGGCCUUCCUCGCGGCUGCGCCGCGCAUCCCGCCGCCAAAGCGCCUCAACUGCCUCAUCGGCUGGAUGCGGCUCGCCCUUGGACUUCGCGGCGCUGAGCUGGUGGCGCACGGGCUGUGCCUCUUCGGCAAGGGCGAGGUGGAGACUCAGGAUGCCGCGUGCAAGCUCGCCGUCGCGGGGUCGCACCUUGUCUGUGCCUGUGUCCUGCUCGGCCCGCACGCGAGAGCACGCGCGGUCGAGCUGCUCACGCGGCUGGGCGCCACAGAGGAGGAGCGGGCGGCGACGCUCCUCGCCUCCGCCAUCGGGCACCACCGGCCGUCCGAGCUGCUCCCGAUGGCGGCGGCGAGCUUCCGCUCGGUCCGCUUCGACCUGCUGCGGCCCUCCGACCUCGACGGCAGCCACCCCGCCGCCUCGGAGGGGCGCGCGGAACGGUGCUCGCUCGGGCAGUGCGACGCGUUUGUGUCGCACGCGUGGAGCGACCCGGCGGGGCCAAAGUGGGACGCACUGGCGGCGUGGGCAGCCGACUUUGAGCGGGGGCACGGCCGCCCCCCCCGCCUGUGGCUCGACCGGCUCUGCCUCGCGGGCGACCAGCGCAGCGCCUCCGAGGCGCUGCCUUGCCUGCCAAUCUACCUGUCGGGGUGCUUGGUCCGGCUCGCUGCUGCCGCGGUGGGUCGCCAAGAAACGUCAGCGUGCGCCGCCGAAGAGUAUCACUUGUCGAGCAAACGCGCCGCCGACCGCAGCCGCGCCACCUCGCUGCGCAGCGCCUACAAGGAGACGGCGGCGAGACGCUUCACCGCAGAAGGUUCCGAGAAGGUGCGCAACAAGCUCUCGAAGCGGCAGCACGAGGACGAGGCGAGCUGGUCGACGCGGUCGUGGCUGUCGCUGCAGGCCCAGCGCAUGUCAGUCGCGCUGCAGCUCGCGGCGGCGGAAGAGAUUGCGACCGAGCUCAGGCUCGCCGCGGCGUCGGAGGACGCCGCCGUCGCCUAG